UAAAGUCAAAAUGCAAUUUCAUAUCAAGUUUCUUUUAUUGACGGCUUGGUUUCUAACAGCCGAGUCAACACCAAUUUAUUCUCCUGUUGAGGGGCCAACGCCUUGUAACACGUACAAUUCAGUCGAUGAUGGUGGUCUUCCUUAUGACGGCUAUGAUUAUUAUGUCAUUUAUAAUAAUUGCGAAGAUAAUUAUCCUCCAUAUGAAGAUCCUUAUUAUUGGUAAAGAAAUCAUUCGCGAUGACGUCAGCAUGUAAUCAAACGUACAUUUAUGGUUUUGCAAAUUAAAAAUUUGUUAAAUACUUUAUUAUAAAGUGAAAUAUGUAAAAUUGAUUUUUUGUACGUUGCGUAAAAGUGUUUGUGAAGUAAUAUAUAUGAUUAAAAACUCUAUAAAAUCACUUUUGAAAUGAAUGUUGCAGUUGAGGCAAAUGUCGGUAAAUAAUUAAGAAGUGAUCGUCGAGAAGCGCCGACGUAAUUAUAGAUUGCAAGCAAGAGACAACUGAAAGAAGGCCUUAUUUUGAGUCAAUCAGUGAUACCUCGAUUUACUGACUACAUGGAAAAUGCUGUCACAUGCAAGAGCAGAGAGAGAGAGAGAGAGAGAGAGAGAUCGCUAUGUCCCCGGAAGGGUCCUUAAAGGAUAUUAGAUGACCAGCUUAAGAAAUGAUGGGAAACUAAGCGAAGGGUGGAAAGUAAACGACUUGGAAAAUUCUCUUCAUCUUUCGGCUUAUCUUUGUUCCCAAUACUCUCAGAUAUAUACUUAAAAUUUUCAAAGAAUUAUUAAACUUGCUUGCGUCAGUUUCACUGAUUCAAUGGAAAAUUUUUCACAAUUUUACCAGCGUGGAUGAAAAUGCAUUACGUUCAGUUUACCGACAUCGGUGCAGUAAUUAAUUAACUUAUUUGUUAAUAUUCACUUUAAAAAUCUCCAUGAGCGGUUGGACGAAUGGGCGCACAAUGUAAGAGAGUGUUUAAGCUGAGUGUGUAUCCAUGCUCUGUGGGUUUCCGAUGCAAGAUAUUGGGAGCUAUAUAUAUAUAAAGUAGGGCAUAUGACGAAACCCUUCAGUCAUUGAACAGAGGUAGAAAAAAAAUUUCAUAAACUAAGAUAACCAACAUAUAAAGAUAGAUAUUUUCUUGCAUCUCCUUUUUACGUUACCAAAAGUAAUAGUUUAAAGCGAACACUAAAUCGCUGAAAUUCUCUGCAUUCAGUUGUAAGCCACGUACGUCACCUGGAUAUCGGCGUUGUCUUAGUUCGGUGUAGCAACAAAAGUUUAUGAAUUCAUUUCCAACAUCUAAUGAAUUAUGCAAAUCAUUCGGUAUGACAUCAAGAAAAGGAAAGAAUCCCCUAAAUCGCUAAGUACAUAUGAAUUAAUGAAAAAAAAAAAAAACAUUUUACUAUUACGCAAAUGACGUACUUCAUAACUAAAGCAUUCCGGUUUACUUGGGAUUUCCUUUGAGUGAAAAAUCUCUGAAGUUUCAGAUAAAAGCAAAAUUGAGAAAGAGCGCCUUCGGUAAUGCGUUUAAAAAUUGUAUAUAAAUGAUCUGCUCAGAGGCAGUGAACAGUUCACUGUUUAGCAAAAUGAUAUUUCAUACACAUUUUCUGUCAUUUACACUAUUACUGCUUAGUGUUAUUUCCUUGUCAUUUGAACAUGAAGCAACUGAUCAGCAAACUGGGGACGAAGGAAAAUCGCUUGAUGGAAUGAUAACGAGAUUAGUUGGUCAAGCAACACAGUCAUCAAGUGAGGAGAGUGUUGAAAAGAUCGACGAACUAACUCGCGGCGACUGGAACACAAAAGUAGGAGAGGAUUUACAUCGGCAGAAACGACAAUUAGGUUUAACAUGUCGUGCAGGUGGUAACCGUGCUUGUGUAGCCCGUUGCCGUCUUCAAAGAUCGCGAACUGGUUACUGCAAUCGUCGAGGCACUUGCGUAUGCCGCCGCUAGAAAAGAUAUUCAAAAAUUCAUAUGAAUUCUGUUCGUAUAACCAAUGGUAAAGCCCAGCACAAAGGAUAUACUACUGUUAAGCUUAAAGCAAGGCAUUUAGUUGUAUCGCCCUAUAUAUGUCUAUAUAUCAAUAAAGCGACUAAUAAAAGCAAU